GGCAACAGGCUCCUCAACGAAAGACAAACACUUUGGCUACAUGUGUUGGUCAGGUGCACAGGUUUGGCACAAACUUCACAAUCGUCCAACCUUCUCCUUCAGCCAACGAAUCAACGGCAUCCAGAACCAAUCCUGUGUCCUGGUUGAGCCAGGAUGCGAAUAAAUAUUUGAUAAUAUUUCUCGUGAAGACAAUGACUGUCACUGUGAGUUCGUCAGGCGAGUUUAAUGCCGUUGGUAUCUUGCGAGAUUCAGAGCCCGGAAAAGAUAGGCGCAGUUGCCGAGUUUCCGUCGACCUUACGUUCUACUUGAACUCAAAUUGGACUGUUUUCGACAAGCACACAAAUUUGCAAAUCAAUUUGGUUUUCACGAGAGACUCAACGGAAUCUCUCGUUUGUGAUAUUCUACAACUGAACAUGCUGCACACAGGCCGCCUCAUGUUUCAGUUGGCACGAUAUUCGAGAUAUCGCAAUUUCGCUCGAGUGGAAAACGUCACAAGAUCUGAUUUGUCAGCAAGCGGGUUCGUUCGGAUCUCAUGGAAUUACACAAGCGACUGUCCACAAACAAUCGGCUUUCGAGUCGUGGUCUAUGUUGGUGACAAAGAACGAGCGACGUACCACACAUCUAGGAAUUUCAUUGAUAUUAAGGUGCGGAAUGUAUGUGACACACUGGUGAUCGUUGUGAGCUCGUACUGGCAGCACAAGAUGAUCCAUGCGCGAAAGACAUUCGGGUUUUCCUCCGCUCACAAUAAUUUCCCCAAGUUUCGACAAAACUGUGCAGCAGGUUUCCUCAUAUUUCCAGUGCCGAACGAGCCGACAGACUUUAUAUUCCGAGGACAAGAAGGAAAAUGGCAUAUCUCCUGGCACGAUUCGUCCCAAUGUCCCACAUCUAGAUACAUUGUGAGCGUCAGCAAUAGCUUGAACCAGAGUGUCUUUAGUGGAAACGUCACGCAACGGGAGAUAAACAUAGAGCGAUUGGACUUUUGUGCUGAUUGGUUCGUUAGCGUCACAGCUGUCAAUGAAGCAGGAGAAAGUCCAAAGGCAAUAAAAAAUUUGACUGCUGUUCAAAUGG